GGCGCUGCAAAGGACUUUGCUAAAUCCUGAGAGCUGGUAACUCUGAGGUCUCUGACUUACCCCUGUUGUGCCGAAGUUCUAUUUGACCAGGUUGCCUUUAUACGUAAAAAAUGGCAGCAAUUACAAAAACUGUAAAAUUGUGCAAGUCUGCUGUAGUGGCAGCAAAGCCUUUACUUUCUUGUAUGCAGUAUUAUGCAAAAGUAGAAUUGGUUCCACCAAAAAUUAGCGACAUUCCUGCCAUUCGAAGUGGUAUCAAUCAGCUGAUCACCUCUGCCAAAACUGGAGCAUAUCGUAAUCUUACAGUACGUGAAGCUUGGCUGAAUACUUUGGUAACCAUUGAAGUCUGGUGUUGGUUCUUUGUUGGCGAAUGUAUUGGAAAACGACAUCUCAUAGGAUAUAAGGCUUAAGAAUGUGUUGUACUACAAUUCACAUAGAUAUAAUUUCUGUAUAAAUUAGACAUUCUCAUAAAUAUAAUACACUACAAAAA